GAUAUUGUUUAUCUUUUGAUGAUUUUGAAUGUUAAUACCUAUGCAAAUGUUAUUCUUGAACGUUCGUUACGCGCAAAUGAAUGUCAUAUUGGUGAUAAUGAGAAUAUAUUAACCAUAAUGAAACAAAUUUGAACACAAAUGAAUGGAUAUUUUCUGUAAAUGUACAGCAAAAGGUGUACUUGCAGCCGACUUUGACAAAGAACACAAAAAUACACAAGUCUUUCUCUAUAUAAGUAGACUAUAACAGAAUUCCUAUUUUGCAGGAUCGUAUAUCUUCAUUGAAACUUCUCAGAAAAACCCCGGAGACAAGGCGAGGUUGUUAAGUGACGAUCUUGAACCCAGUGAAAACGUUUGUGUUCAGUUUUGGUAUCACAUGCAUGGUUCAGAUACUGGCAACCUGAGCAUCUAUGUCAAAACUAACCAAUCAGAAACACUCGUCUGGAGGCUGUCAGGAGAUCAAGGAAACCGUUGGAGAUUUGGACAGACGGCUCUGAAUAGUCCGAGUUCAUAUAAAUUUGUAAUAGAAGGAACAGUCGGUAAUGGCAGUAAAGGUGAUAUUGCAGUGGAUGACUUAACGGUGAUGGAUGGAGUAUGUGAUGAAAUUAUAAAACAGGCAAGUCCAGACUGCGAAUUUGAAGAGAGUAUGUGCGACUGGGAUGCUGAACAGGGAUGGGUUCUGAAAAUACGCUUAGAGAGAUUUGAAACUUCCGGUAAGAUGUUGUCUACAUAUGCUGUUUUCCUUAGUCACAAGGUAUUAAUGUAGUUGUAUGUUUUCAACAUAUUCAUCUCAAGGGUGUUUUAGUAUUCAAGUAUGAAAAAUAACCGAACACGAAGGUGAUGACUCCAUCAACUUGAAGUUCAAGAUGAGUAAAGUAAAAAAUUGCAAGAUUCGUUUCUGAUUAGAUACUAGUGGCAGAAAUUACCUUAUUGCAGUGAGCACGCUAAGGGCCGAUUUACACGG